GCUCCUUCAAUAUCCUCCACCCAAAACAUAAUCCACUCCUUUUCUCUAUCUCUUUCCUACUAACACUUAAACUGCUAAUAAUCAAAACUAUUCAACAGUUUUUUCUGUCUCUCCUUUCAUUUCUUCUUCCUAUUUUCAUUCUUCUUCCAAUAUACACACAGUCAUGGCUGCUGCAGUAACUGCUGCAGUUUCUUUCCCUUCUACAAAAUCUACUUCUCUUUCCUCAAGAACUUCUUCCAUCAUCUCCCCUGAGAAGAUCAGCUUCAAGAAGGUUCCUCUGUACUACAGAAAUGUAUCUGCAACUGGUAAAGUGGGUCCCAUUAGAGCCCAAGUGACCUCUGAUGUGGAGGCACCUGCAGCUGCACCUGCUAAAGUUGAGAAACAUUCUAAGAAAAUGGAGGAAAAUUUGGUUGUGAACAAGUAUAAGCCUAAGAAUCCUUACGUUGGAAGAUGUCUUCUUAACACUAAAAUCACUGGGGAUGAUGCACCUGGAGAAACCUGGCACAUGGUUUUCUCCCAUGAAGGAGAGAUCCCUUACAGAGAAGGGCAGUCCGUUGGGGUCAUUGCAGAUGGUCUUGACAAGAAUGGAAAGCCCCAUAAGUUGAGAUUGUACUCGAUUGCCAGCAGUGCCCUCGGUGACUUUGGUGAUUCAAAAACUGUUUCAUUGUGUGUAAAACGACUUGUCUACACCAAUGACGCUGGAGAAGAAGUUAAGGGAGUCUGCUCAAACUUCUUGUGUGACUUGAAACCUGGUUCUGAAGUGAAGCUAACAGGGCCAGUUGGAAAGGAAAUGUUGAUGCCCAAAGACCCUAAUGCUACGAUUGUCAUGCUUGGAACUGGAACAGGAAUUGCUCCUUUCCGUUCAUUCUUGUGGAAGAUGUUCUUUGAAAAGCAUGAGGAUUACCAGUUUAACGGCUUGGCUUGGCUCUUCUUGGGUGUACCCACCAGCAGUUCUCUGCUCUACAAAGAGGAAUUCGAGAAGAUGAAGGAGAAGUUUCCAGACAACUUUAGGCUGGAUUUUGCCGUUAGCAGAGAGCAAACUAACGAGAAAGGCGAGAAGAUGUACAUUCAAACUCGUAUGGCACAAUAUGCUAAUGAGCUAUGGGAAAUGCUUAAGAAAGACAACACUUUCGUCUACAUGUGUGGGCUCAAGGGAAUGGAAUCAGGAAUUGAUGACAUUAUGGUUUCGUUGGCUGCUGCAGAAGGCAUUGAUUGGUUUGAAUACAAGAGGCAGCUCAAGAAGGCAGAACAAUGGAAUGUGGAAGUCUACUAAUAACUGUUGUACAAAAAUCUCUUAUUCCUUUUUGUGAAGCAGCAUCUAUAUCUAUUGCCAUUUUCUCACUGCACCUUGUAGAUAGGUCAGUUUUUUUUAUUUUUAUUUUUGUGGGUUAUGAUGUUGUUAUGACGAUAAGCAAAUGCAGGCUAGUUUUUCAGCUAAUUAUAUAGUGGAAAUUAUUGUUGAUACUGUACACAGAGGAAUUUAUGAGAAUGAAUACCUUAUGCUUCAA